AGAUGCCUCGCAGGAGGUCAUACAGGAGGCCACCGUGACGACCAGCUCGCCCCGUGCCAGGUAGGAAGUACGAUGGACAAAUGAAGGCUGUAGGAGUGCUAACGCUGCCACAUUUUUUGAAGUACUUGUAACAGGAAGCGGGAUAAUGCUUGCCGUAAAUCUUCUUGACCUGGUAUCAGGAGUUAAAAUGACAUAGAAAAGUAUUCAAAGUAUGGACUGUGAAAUUCAACUUCAUACUGAAAGAAGGUAAACUGAAACUCCAAAAAUGAUGACCUGCUCGUUGGCAAGUUACAGGAAAAGCACAUACAAGGCAACUAAAUAAGGACUGUGGUAUGAGGGUUUUGCCAGAUGAACUGUCCAAAAGAGCUAUUUACCUGGAGGCUGUUAUGUUAAAUUAUUGAUCUCUGCACUGUGUGACCCUCACUAAUUCCCCAGCACUUGUGCAUAUGAAAUGCUUCAAAAGAAGAAACUGCUGUGGCUUAUUUGCAACUGAAGUGAAUUACAUUGGAUAUGAAAGAGUAAUGCAGGGUGCAGAGGGCAGUGCAGCUUGAACAGUCUUACCACACCAAUGGAAAAAACUUCCCGUUUGCAGCAAAAUAUGAUAUCUAUAUUUUUGUUCAUUGGUCAUCUCAUUGUACUGAUACCUCUCUUCAGUGCUGAAGGAUGUGUUAUUUGUGAUUACUUUGUGCUUGUUGGAGAGCCUAUAGCUAUUACUUGCCCAAUAAUUACAUUGCCAGUGCUUCACUCUGAAUACAAUUUGACAUGGUAUAAAAAUGGUAGUGCUACAGCAGUGACCACGGAGAGAGAUGCCAGGAUCCACCAGCGAGAGGGCUUGCUUUGGUUUAUUCCUGCUAUGCUGGAAGAUUCUGGACUUUAUGAAUGCAAUAUAAGGAGCCUUAACCACUCAAACAAAAAAACUAUAAACUUAACAGUUUUUAAGAAUGAUAAUGGAUUGUGUUUUAAUGGAAAAAUGAAAUUUGAACAAAAAGUGACAAGCACGAAUACUGGAAAGAUUAUAUGCCCUGAUCUGGAACAAUUUAAAAAUGAAGACAAUAAUCAGCCUGAAGUACAUUGGUAUAAGGAGUGUAAACCUGGAUUUCUUGAAGACAAGCGACUUCUUUUGGCAGAGGGUGAAAAUGCUGUCUUGAUUCGUAAUGUAACUGUGCAAGACAGAGGAAACUACACGUGCCGUAUGGUGUACACAUAUAUGGGAAAACAAUUUAAUGUUUCAAGAACCAUAAGUCUAGAGGUUAAAGGUUUUAUUUUUCUUUGGUUAGAAAAACCACUGCAGAUGCAACCAGAGUUUAUUUAUCCAAGGAACAAUACAAUUGAAGUAGAACUUGGCUCUCAUGUAGUUAUGGAGUGUAACAUAUCAAGUGGCAUAAAUGGCUUGAUUCCAUUCUGGCAAGUUAAUGAUGAGGAUGUUGAUGUCUUUGAUAAAACCUACAGGGAACAGUUUUAUGAAGAGGGAUUGCCUCAUGGACUUGCUGUAUCUGGAACAAAAUUUAACAUUUCAAAAGUGAAAUUAAAGGACUAUGCUCAUAAGUUCUUCUGCCACUUCAUAUAUGGUUCUCAACAAUUUACAGCCUACAUCAAAUUGGAAUACCCAUCUCAAAACAUUCAGGGGUACUUAACUGGAGGAGGAGUUUCCUUGGUAUUUUUAGUAUUUUUUACUCUCUUUAUCUACAAGAUCUUCAAAAUUGAUAUUGUGCUUUGGUAUCGGGACUCCUGCCAUGCCUUCCUGAGGAAAAAAGUUUCAGAUGAGAAGAUCUAUGAUGCUUAUGUUCUGUAUCCAAAGAACAGAGAAAGCUGCUUGUAUUCAUCAGAUAUUUUUGCUCUGAAGAUACUGCCAGAGGUCUUAGAAAGGCAGUGUGGAUAUAACCUCUUCAUACUUGGGAGAGAUGAUUUACCAGGAGAAGCUGUGAUCAGCGUUGCUGAUGAAAAAAUCCGUCAAAGUAGGAGAGUGAUAAUUGUUUUAGUACCAGAGCCCUCCUGUUACAGCAUUCUGGAAGAUGAGUCUGAAAAGCAGCUAGCCAUGCAUAGUGCUCUUAUCCAAGAUGGCAUUAAAGUAAUUCUCAUUGAACUUGAAAAAAUACAAGAUUAUGCAACCAUGCCAGAAUCCAUCAGAUAUAUUAAGCAAAAGCAUGGGGUUAUCCGAUGGAAAGGGGACUUUUCAGAAAGGUCCCACUCAGCAAGAACCAGAUUCUGGAAGAAAGUGCGCUACCAGAUGCCAUCCAGAAAAAGUGGCUCUUUAUCACAAUUGCAUUUGUUAUCAAAAGACUUGAAUAACAAAUGAGAAAUGACACUUAAUGACAGAUUCAGUUCACACAGAUGGAUUGACUGAAGGUCCCAUGUAUCUGUUUUGUGCAAUCUCAUCCAGAUUUACUGGAGUGGAGGUACUACAGUUUCAUCUCCAGAUGUGAAUCUUUUUUACUUCUGGCUGGAUCAACAGAACACCAUGAAAUAUCAUCAGUAGCACAUGUAGAAAGUACACAAGUACUUUUCCAAGAAUGAUUCUGUGAAAUUCCCUUGUAUUAAAAAUGAAAGGACAGAAAAUUGUGAAAAACUUAAAGCCAAUGAAGAAAAUUUGAUUUUCUUUUCUGCAAUUAAAGUUUCAAUAUGAAGGGAAUUACACUAAUUAUUGUUGUAAUACUACAUAAUGUGCAUGGCUGGUGCCAGUAAAUGUCUGUUUCUUUUUUUUUGAAUGAAAUGACACAAACCUUUUCUUUGUUACAAGUUUGUUAUUUGCCUUGUUCAAUUUACGGAAAGAUAAAUCCUCAUGUUACUGCAUCAGUGUGUUAUCAUCCAGGAGAAUUCACAGAAUUCACAUCCGGGAGUAAAGCUCACAGUAUGCAGGCCAGCCAACAGAGUUCCAGUGACCUCAAUCCUCCUAAUUACUUCUGCUGACUGGAACAGAUUGAAAGGAGAACUGCUACUUGUUAUCCCUAACUUUAGGAAUGGAAGGUUAUUUUACUGAGCCAAAAUAGUGUUUUUAAAAAAUAUUUGUUCCUUUUGAUAUAUUUAUAUAAAUAAUGCCAAAGUUUUCAUGUGUGUUAUGUAAAGGCACUUUGAGGAAGAGUCCAUUUUAAAAUUUAAUAAAGGCACUACAUAU